UCCUUUUCCUUUUUUAUUUUUUGGGUACUGGGUUCUUUUUUUUUUUUUUUUUUUUUUUUUUUUUUUAAAAAUAGAAUAAAGAAAUUAUAUAUAAUUAUUAUAUGUUUUUUUUUAUUUGAUUUUAUAAUGGAAGAUGAUGAGUACAAGGUUCAUGGUGAUAGGUGUAGGGGAAAUUUCUUGUACAAUUCAGUACCUGUUUUAGCCACUAAUUGUUCAUCUCCUGUGGGCAAUUUCGUAAUUAGAUCAUCAUAUUCAUCGGCCUCUUCUUCAAAUGGGAAUAAUCAUAAUCAUCAUCAUCAUCACAUGAUCAUGGCCGCCGGUCACUCCAAUAAUUAUUUUCCACCCUCCGAUCAACUACAACUUCCUGUCAAAGUGGAGCCUCCCACUACCACUGCUACUGCUUCUUCUUCACAAUCUCAUCAUAUUCAACUUCAUGAUUUUCAUUACCAUUUAAUGACUGAGUUCCAAAAUAAUCAUAUUAAUAUUAAUAUUAAUAAUCAUAAUUCUGAUUCAAUCAAAGCCAAAAUUCUUUCUCACUCUCUUUUCUCCAACAUCCUCCAAGCUUUCUUGGAUUGCCAAAAUGUCGGAGCUCCGCCGGAGGUGGCUGCAAAACUUACUUCGGUACGGGAGGAAUUCGAGCGGCAGCGGUCUUCAAUGGCGACCGCUGAGGGUUCAUCAGUUGACCCUGAACUUGAUCAAUUCAUGGAAGCUUAUUAUGGGAUGUUGGUGAAGUAUAGAGAGGAGUUAAGAAGGCCAAUUCAAGAAGCUGUAGAUUUUAUGCACAGAAUUGAAUCUCAGCUUAAUACUCUCUGCAAUGGCUCCUUUCAAAUCUUACCAUCGGGAAGAGAAGGGAAGAGCGAAGGAAUGGGAUCGUCAACGGAGGAGGAAGCUGAGAAAUUAGGCGGAGAAGAGGAAAGAGAGAUAGAAGAAGAUCAAAUCGACCCACGAGCAGAAGAAAGAGAGCUUAAGAAUCACUUACUUAAAAAAUACAGUGGUUAUCUUAGCAGUUUAAAGCAAGAACUUUCCAAGAAAAAGAAGAAAGGAAAACUCCCUAAAGACGCAAGACAACAACUCCUCCGUUGGUGGGAAUUGCAUAACAAAUGGCCAUACCCAUCGGAAGCAGAAAAGUUGGCGCUGGCGGAAUCAACUGGGCUUGACCAGAAACAGAUAAAUAAUUGGUUUAUAAACCAAAGGAAAAGGCACUGGAAGCCUUCUGAGGAUGUGCAGUUUAUGGGUAUGGAGGGGUUUUACCAUCCCAAUGCUGCUGCUUUUUACUUUGAUCAUGGCCAUUUCAUGGCUGAUUCUCAUUAUCGUUUGGGUCCAUGAGGGUGGGAAUUAAACUACAAUAUCAUUCUAUCUGCUUUCUAAUUAAAAACAUAUAUAUCCCUUCUAUUUGUUUAGUCCCUAAAUUAAAUUCCUCUAGUGCUUAAAAAUGGAACCAAUUGCAAAAAAACCAAAAACAAAAGAUGAGUGAUAUAUAGUUAGUUCAUGUGGUAGGGUAUUUGUAAUUUUUAUUGUGUGUUUAAAAGUGUCAUAAUCUCCUGCCCUUUCAUUUGAUGAAUGUUCCUAAAUGCAAAUUUCAGUAAUAAUAAUAUCCACGCUUUUAGUCUAA